AUGAACCGUGGGGUUCGUUUCAACUCGUCCGCCCCAAAGAUCAACGUUGCUGGUAUCCAGGGCAAGAUCAACUCUGCCGUCGCUAAGGCCACCCACACCUUGAACAGCGCCAUCUACUGGUCCAAGGUUGUUGGCCAAUUGGCUAAGAAGGUUUACAUCAAGGAAGGCUUAGCCCCACCAGCCAUUGCCGACUUCCAGGCUGUUUACAAGAAGUUGUAUGCGCAGGCUCUUGCCAUUCCGGCCAACAGAGUCCAGAUCUACAAGACCAUUUUGGACGCUGGUGCCGGCUCCGUUGCCAAGAAGGGUGCCGUUGUCGGUGUCCAGAUCUUCGGUCUCUUUGCCUUGGGUGAAGCCAUCGGCAGAGGUCACCUCAUGGGCUACUCAGACCACGCUCACCACGCUUAA